AGAAGCCACCUCUGGUUGUUGUUAAGGAAAUAAUGUAAACAAACAUUUAAAUGAUUUGUUUUGAAAUAUUGUGUUUUUUUAACAUGCAACCGGCACAAAUGUCAUUUAAACUUAACAGCAGCAGAAGGUGGUGACUUUUUAAAGCAGCUGAGCUGCUGAAAGAUUUGUGAUGGAUCUGUCCCAGAGGGACAGGCUAUCUGACCUGGUGGAAGAGCUGACUACAUCAGGACAGCCUCAGCUCAACCAGGACAAGAUGAAGGAAGUCAAGAAGAUCUGCAAAGUAUCUAAUGACUACAUUGACCAUGUGUACCACUCAGUGAUGUCACAGCUCAGCCAAGAACAUGCUGAGAUCAGACUGUCAGCAUUUCAGAUAGCCAGUGAGCUCUUCUCCAGAUCACACCACUUCAGAACCCUGCUCGUGGACAACUUCCAGGAAUUUUUAGAGUUAACAGUGGAGACUGAUACAGACCUGCCCCUCCCUCCUCCUAAAGAGGUAGCCAAGAAACUUCGGCUACUGGCCCUCCAGACUGUGCAGUCGUGGCAGAAUUCUUAUGGGUCAGUGUAUAAGAAGCUGGUGCUGGGCUACCAUUUUCUGAAACAGGUUAAAAAGGUGGACUUCCAGGAUGCUGAGGCCAGGACGGUAGCAGAAAGGAGGAGGGAGGAGGACAGACGACGGACACUGGAAAGGAUCUACAAGGAGAAAGUGGAGGCGACCGUCAAAGACAUGGAGGAUUGUCAUCAGGAAAUUGAGGCCACAUUGACAGAGUUGGACUCUUGUAUAAAGCUGCUUUGCCCCGACUUUGACAUCGCUGACCUUCAGACCACCAGUAGCAGCUCCGUGUUCGCCCAGUCAGCCAGCAAAAGUCCACCAGAUGAUGAACAGCCAUGCUGCAGCAAAGAUGUCAAGGAUGACAGGAUAGAAGGAAAGAAAGGUGCAAAAGAGGUGGAGAGCAACAGUAGAGAGAAGAAAAAAGUCCAGGAAAAGAGUGUGGAGAUGGCAGUGGAAGCUGAGGUGAAGAAGAGAAGGAAUAGAGAGAGCCAGAAAGAGAAAAGAAAUGAGGAUGAAAAAAGAGAAGAGAACCAAACAGAGUGGGAGGAACUGCAGAGAGAGAGAGAAAUGGAAGAAUGCGAUGAGGAGGAGGAGUGCGAAGAAGAGAUUCAUGGAGAAGACUUUAUCCGGAACACUGGGCUGGUCUCUCACACCUACACUCUGGACCUGAGUCUCAGUCCUGGUCUUCAUAUUAAGGAGACGGAAGAAAAUGAGGCAGUGGUUGCCACGGUGAUAGACCUCCAUAAACUGAUUACGACCAAGCACCUUCCUGCUGUGCAAAGCUGGAUUCAGAUCUUCACAAAGUCAGGUGCUGAGCAGCCGCUGUUGAGGAGAGCUCUGGAUCUGAAAAAGUCUUUAGAAGCAGCUCUGCAGAAGCACAAUGAACUUCACAUUGACUACAAGACAAGAGUCCGCAGAGUGGUGAGUUACACUAGCUGUUAUAUCCAAACUGUCAUCAGGGCUGAUUCAGAUACACAACAUCACUUAACUGUGCAUCAAGGGACGGCACAUUUAUUUGUGUUUCCACGUCAUGUCUCCUUCAUUGUGAUGCAGCCGCUGAUCGAUGAGCCAUCAGUCACCAGUUCACACCUGGACUGGUCUGGACUGUGUGCAGACCAGUUCACACCUGGACUCUUCUCCUGCAAAGCCACACUGUUGAGACGGAUGGAAGUAUCUAAUGACUACAUUGACCAUGUGUACCACUCAGUGAUGUCACAGCUCAGCCAAGAACAUGCUGAGAUCAGACUGUCAGCAUUUCAGAUAGCCAGUGAGCUCUUCUCCAGAUCACACCACUUCAGAACCCUGCUCGUGGACAACUUCCAGACGGGGACACAGUACGUUGAUGAGCAGAAAGGAGGAGGGAGGAGGACAGACGACGGACACUGGGAAAGGAUCUACAAGGAGAAAGUGGAGGCGACCGUCAAAGACAUGGAGGAUUGUCAUCAGGAAAUUGAGGCCACAUUGACAGAGUUGGACUCUUGUAUAAAGCUGCUUUGCCCCGACUUUGACAUCGCUGACCUUCAGACCACCAGUAGCAGCUCCGUGUUCGCCCAGUCAGCCAGCAAAAGUCCACCAGAUGAUGAACAGCCAUGCUGCAGCAAAGAUGUCAAGGAUGACAGGAUAGAAGGAAAGAAAGGUGCAAAAGAGGUGGAGAGCAACAGUAGAGAGAAGAAAAAAGUCCAGGAAAAGAGUGUGGAGAUGGCAGUGGAAGCUGAGGUGAAGAAGAGAAGGAAUAGAGAGAGCCAGAAAGAGAAAAGAAAUGAGGAUGAAAAAAGAGAAGAGAACCAAACAGAGUGGGAGGAACUGCAGAGAGAGAGAGAAAUGGAAGAAUGCGAUGAGGAGGAGGAGUGCGAAGAAGAGAUUCAUGGAGAAGACUUUAUCCGGAACACUGGGCUGGUCUCUCACACCUACACUCUGGACCUGAGUCUCAGUCCUGGUCUUCAUAUUAAGGAGACGGAAGAAAAUGAGGCAGUGGUUGCCACGGUGAUAGACCUCCAUAAACUGAUUACGACCAAGCACCUUCCUGCUGUGCAAAGCUGGAUUCAGAUCUUCACAAAGUCAGGUGCUGAGCAGCCGCUGUUGAGGAGAGCUCUGGAUCUGAAAAAGUCUUUAGAAGCAGCUCUGCAGAAGCACAAUGAACUUCACAUUGACUACAAGACAAGAGUCCGCAGAGUGAUGAAGGCGUCUUCAGAGGGGGAGGAUGAUGAUGAUGUUGAUUUCCAUGAAGUUCCAGAGAAAGAGGGAUAUGAACCGCACAUUCCAGAGCAACUGCGACAGGAGUAUGGUUUGGACCCUGCUCCCUCCACGGCAAUCGCACGAGUCACCAGUGAACGUCCUACCAAGACAAUAGCAACUCCACCUCCUUCAACCGCUGCUUCCUCCAGGAGGCUCAGACAGCAGUUAGAAGAGGAGAAGGAUCCCACGUGUGCUGCAGCCACACUGCACCUCCUCAGACAGAGGCUCCUCCUGCCCACACCUCCAAGCGGCGCCUCUUCUGGUUCCAGUACAUCUGCAUCCAGUUCACAGCAGAAGGCAGCUGAUGCUCCAGUUGUUCCUUUUGGUUUGGACCUUUACUACUGGGGCCAAGACCAACCCAACGCGGGCAAGAUUAUCAAGGCGGCCUCUCAGCAUCAGUUCUGGGUUCCCCAUGAUGUGGAGGAGGAGGUGGAAAACAAGGAUAUGCUGGCAGAGAGCAAGAGCAGAUUCAUCUCCUUCCCCGGGAGCUUCACUCCUGUCAGCCAUCACUGCAGAGCUCCGCUGGGCGGCGGGAAGCUGUGCCAGCGACAGGACAGGCUGAAGUGUCCUUUCCAUGGACGUGUCAUACCUCGAGAUGAAGAGGGUCGACCCUGCAAGGAGGAGGACCGUCUGCGGGAGGAGCAGCACCAGAGGAAUAGGGAGGAGGAGUCCGACUGGCGGGAUGUUGAGUUGAUGCGCGACAUCGAGGCAGCAACAGGGGAGGACCUGGGUUCUGAUAGGGUGGCAAAAAAAGGUAAAAGGAAGAAGAAGAAAUACCCGAACCUCAGCGAUCUGAAGCAGAAUGCCAACACCUCUCGCUCCAGGCUGCAGAAAAAAGUCUUCAGCAAGAGCGCCAUGAGCAGAGUCGCACAGAUGAUGGAUAAAGUGGACAAAAGAAAACAUGACAAGUUCUCCAACCAGUUCAACUAUGCUCUGAAAUGACAGGCAUUGGACUCAUCCCACGGUCCUGGAAUGUGUUCUGGGAUUGUCUGAAGAUGACGGAUUCUAUGAACACUGAAUAAGCUUUUCAUGUGGGGGAAAAUGUUCAAAUCAUUUUUGUAAAUGUGGCAACGGUGACAAAUAUUAUGCAUAUUUCUCAGAAUUCUUUUCAGCACUGAUGAAAUAACUCAUUUUUAGCUCACCUGGCCCAAAGGUCCGGUGGGCUUGUUCCAUGGAUCUCCACUCCGUCCGUCCGUCCGCAGCGGCGGUGUGUGUAAACACCUUCUCCAAAUUUGCUGGACCAGUGAAGCUGAAACUUGGUGUGAAUGUUCCUACCCAUGAGGAGACCAAAGUUUCUUGGAGAUUUUUGCAAAUUUAUUAAAAAUAAAAUAAAGGAAAACCUAAGAAAUCACAUGUACAUAAGUAUUCACAGCCUUUGCCAUGAAGUUCAAAAUUGAGCUCAGG